AUGGCUGCUGUGAUUCAGCCAUGCCCUCUCAUCUCCCUGUUUUUUGUCUCCCUUUUUUCUCUUCUUCAUUUAUCUGCUUGUCAACCCAAUUCCCCUCGGAAUAUUGAAACUUUCUAUCCGUUCCGGCCUCCUCCAAAUCCAACAAAUCCAAUUCCCAAUCCUCGAAUUUCCCAACUAUCAAUUCCAUCAUCAAAGUCAUCGUCAAGCAAUGCUGUUGCUAAGGCAGUCGCUGCAACAGCAGCCACCACACUAGUUGUCUCCGGGUUGUUCUUCAUUCUGUUCCAAAAGUACACGGUUGCACGGGGGAGAAGCCAGAAAGGUAAAAAUGAUCCACGAGGUGGAGGUGAAAAUGUGGUGAGUCACAUUGAGUUCUCACGAUUCAAUGGAAAUCUCAAUGGGCUGAUUGUUGAUGAGAAUGGUUUGGACGUGCUUUAUUGGAAGAAGCUUGAAGGUGAUUACGGGAAGAAUAGUUUCCCUAAACAGGCUCUACAUAAUCUGAAGGAUGAAGAAAAAAGGAUGAGUUGGAAUGGAGAUGGGAGGGCGAAGUCUGAGCCUAUACAAGAAAUUCCUUUGCUACGAGGAAAGUCUUCAACUUCCUAUGAUGAAGUUCAAGAAGAAGUGGAAAAUUGAAUUGGUUUUCUGCCCCCCCCUCCUUCGUCACAAUCUUCUGAGAUUUCUCUUGAGGCUGUGGGAAAAACUGAAUCAACAAUUCAAUCAUCCACAUCUCUCCCACCCCCACCACCUAUAUUGGCAAUUCCACAGAAGCCAAGUGCUACUCCACCUCCCUCACCACCGAUCCCAGCUAAGAUAAAUCCCAUACCACCACCACCUCCCUCACCACCAAUCCCAGCUAAGAUAAAUCCCAUACCACCACCACCACCAUCUCCCUCACCACCAAUCCCAGCUAAGAUAAAUCCCAUACCACCACCACCUCCCUCACCACCAAUCGCAGCUAAGAUAAAUCCCAUACCACCACCACCUCCCUCACCUAAGGCGGGUGGUUUUACUUCAUCAUCAAAAGAAGCAUCAUCGGUGACCAAAGGGAUGCCUAAUGGCAGUAAACUAGGAGAGUCUUCAUCUGGAUAUAGCAAGGCAGGGACUGGAAAUGGUCGGGUGGCGCUGAAGCCAUUGCAUUGGGAUAAAGUGAACACUAACGCCGAUCAUUCAAUGGUGUGGCACAAAAUUAAUGGCGGUUCUUUCAGCUUCGAUGGUGACCUCAUGGAAGCACUGUUUGGAAAUGUUGCUGCUAAUGGGAGAUCUCCUCAGAUAAACCAUAACAACCCAAAUGGUGCCAGCUCAAUUCAAUCGGCUCAGAUUUUCAUCCUUGAUAGUCGAAAGUCCCAAAACACAGCAAUUGUACUCCGAUCUUUAGCAAUCUCGCGAAAAGAGAUCCUCAACGCACUCAUUGAGGGCCAAGACCUGAAUGCAGAUGCGCUUGAAAAGCUUACAAAAAUUGCCCCAACUAAAGAAGAAGAAUCCCAAAUCCUUGCAUUCGAGGGAGACCCCACAAGACUGGCUGAUGCUGAAUCCUUCCUCUACCAUAUCCUAAAAGCUGUUCCAUCAGCAUUCAAUCGUCUUAGUGCCAUGUUUUUCAGAUCGAAUUAUGACUCAGAGAUUCUCCAUCUCAGGGAAUGUUUACAAACACUUGAAUUGGGUUGCAAAGAGCUUCGAACUCGUGGACUUUUCUUAAAAAUUUUGGAAGCCAUACUCGAGGCAGGCAAUCGCAUGAAUGCUGGAACUUCCAGAGGGAAUGCCCAAGCUUUUAACCUCGCUUCUCUUCAAAAGCUUUCUGAUGUUAAAAGCACUGAUGGAAAAACUACGUUACUUCACUUUGUUGUGGAAGAAGUAGUCCGUUCUGAGGGAAAACGUUGUGUUUUGAACCGAAAUCGCAGCUUGAGUCACAGCAGCAACAGUAACCUGUAUUCUGAGAACUCGGCAUCAAGAGAGGAUAGAGAAAAGGAAUACAUAAUGAUUGGUUUACCAGUGGUAGGAGGCCUAAGUGCUGAAUUCUCUAAUGUAAAGAAAGUAGCUGAAAUGGACUACAAUGCCUUUGGUAGCGUAUGUUCAACUCUCACAGCCCAUUCCACUGAAAUCAAGCAAUUUGUGGCACAAUUUGCCAACAGUGAUGGAGGAUUUUUGAGGAAGAUGAAAAGUUUUCUCGAAGCAGCAGGCGAAGAAUUAAGGGAGGUGAGAGAAGAGCAAACAAGGGUAAUGGAGCUCUUAAGGAGAACAACAGAAUAUUAUCAACCACGAUCUUCAAAGAACAAAGAGGCAAGCCCGCUUCAAUUAUUUAUUAUAGUCAAAGAUUUUCUGGGUAUGGUUGAUCAGGUCUGUGUUGAUAUUGCUCGAAAUCUACAACGGAGGAAAAGAACCACAGCAAGUUUGGGGCCAUCAUCAACAAAGUCACCACCAUCAAGAAUUCCAGUGAAGUUCCCAAACUUGCCGCCAAAUUUCAUGCCAGACAAGUCCAGGAACUCUUCUUCUAGUGAUUCAGAAGAUGAGUUCUGAAUAGAUCACAACACAAGAGGGAAUAAAUUAA